GGGCCAGCGGGGCCGAGGGCCGGAGCCGGAGCGCCUCCCGCGAGCCGCGGCUGCCGGGCCAGCACCAGCUUCCAAGAUCCGUGAGUCUUGGCAGCCGGCGUGGCUGCGGGCCGUGCAUCGGACCCCGCGCGGCUCACUGAGGCCGGUGGGUGGAGCGGUGGCAUCAUGCCAGCCUUGGCCAUGGGAUCUGGCAGUGACACAGGUCUGUAUGAGCUGCUGGCUGGACUGCCAGCGCAGCUGCAGCCACAUGUGGACAGCCAGGAAGACCUGACCUUCCUCUGGGCCGUGUUUGGUGAAAAGAGCCUGCAUUCACUGGUCAAGAUUCAUGAGAAGCUGCACUGCUACGAGAAGCAGAGCCCCAGGCCCAUUCUGCACAGCGCUGCAGCCUUGGCCGGAGACCUGGCUGACGAGCUCCAGGGCAAGCCAUGCAGCCAUGAUGUCAGAGAGCUAUUGAAACUGCUGUCCAAACCCAGCGUGAAGGCCUUACUGUCUGUACACGACACUGUGGCUCAGAAGAGUUAUGACCCUGUGUUGCCGCCCAUGCCUGACGACCUUGAUGAGGAGGAGGACUCCGUAAAAAUCAUCCGCCUGGUCAAAAACCGAGAACCACUGGGGGCUACCAUCAAGAAGGAUGAGCAGACUGGCGCCAUCGUGGUGGCUCGGAUCAUGAGAGGCGGUGCUGCAGAUCGCAGUGGGUUGAUUCACGUUGGUGAUGAGCUCCGAGAAGUGAACGGGAUCCCAGUGGAAGACAAAAGACCCGAGGAAAUCAUACAGAUCCUGGCACAGUCUCAGGGAGCCAUCACAUUUAAGAUUAUACCCAGCAUCAAAGAGGAGACACCCUCCAAAGAAGGCAAGAUGUUCCUCAAGGCCCUGUUUGACUAUGAGCCCAGUGAGGACAAGGCGAUCCCGUGUAAGGAGGCCGGACUUGCAUUCCGGAAGGGCGACAUCCUUCAGAUCAUGAGCCAGGACGACCCCACAUGGUGGCAGGCGAGGCACGAGGGCGACGCCAACCCCCGGGCAGGCCUGAUUCCCUCCAAGCAUUUCCAGGAGAGGAGAUUGGCCCUGAGACGAACAGAGGUAUUAGUUCAGCCCCUGAAAGUCUCCAACAGGAAAUCAUCUGGCUUUAGAAGAAGUUUCCGGCUAAGUAGAAAAGAUAAGAAAACAAAUAAAUCCAUGUAUGAAUGCAAGAAGAGCGACCAGUAUGAUACAGCUGACGUGCCCACCUAUGAGGAGGUGAUGCCAUAUCGGCGACAGACGCACGAGAAGUACAGGCUGGUCGUCUUGGUUGGCCCCGUGGGAGUUGGGCUGAAUGAACUGAAACGGAAGCUGCUCAUCAGCGACACCCAGCACUACGGCGUGACCGUCCCCCAUACUACAAGAGCAAAACGAAGCCAGGAGAGUGAUGGCGUUGAGUACAUUUUCAUUUCCAAGCAUUUGUUUGAGACAGACGUACAGAAUAACAAGUUCAUUGAAUAUGGAGAAUACAAAAACAACUACUAUGGCACCAGUAUAGAUUCGGUGAGGUCUGUGCUUGCCAAGAACAAAGUUUGUUUGCUGGACGUUCAGCCCCAUACGGUGAAGCAUUUAAGGACACUCGAAUUCAAGCCGUAUGUGAUCUUUAUAAAGCCCCCGUCUAUAGAGCGACUCAGAGUGACAAGGAAAAAUGCCAAGAUCAUUUCUAGCAGGGAUGACCAAGCAGCUGCGAAGCCCUUCACGGAAGAAGACUUUCAAGAAAUGAUUAAAUCAGCACAGAUAAUGGAAAGUCAAUAUGGCCAUCUUUUUGACAAAAUUAUAGUAAAUGAUGAUCUCACCACGGCAUUUAAUGAGCUGAAAACAACUUUUGACAAAUUAGAGACAGAUACCCAUUGGGUCCCAGUGAGCUGGCUGCAUUCAUAACUAGGAGGAAACUCCAGCAUCAUCUUGUCUUUUUGAUUGAGUGCAUGAUUACAUUAGUUGCCGUUUUGGUGGUGGGGUUUUUUUUUUCCGUCGGUGUCACUGUCACAGCUGGUUUUUUGUGUAUGUCUCUUACAGCCUUAUUUGAAACACAAUGAGUGAAUUUAGGAUCCAGAAUCAAAAUUUGCACAGUACUGUUUUUCACGCACAAUGUGGAGCCUCCUUGUCAUCCUUAGUAGAAAAAUCCAGUGGGAGGCUGGAUUUUUUUUUUCCCUAAAGAACUGCAGCUGGAGACUUGGGGUACGCUGGUGUCCGGCGCGUCUUCCCAUCCCCAAGGUGGGCCCGACCAUCCAAGCCUGCCUGUUAGCCACAGACGCCUUAACGAGUGGCCUUGGCACUGCUCCACCCAGCCGGGAGCACUCGGCUGCUUCCCAUGUGGCACAAAAUAGAUGGGUAGAGCUGA